UCAAACUCACACUUCAGCAGAUGAUCACAGCUGAUGCUACGAGCGAGGAGCAAUUUAUUGUGACUUCCAUCAGGUCGAAAUGAAGCAGGAGCGACAAGGACGCUGAAAUAACUCAAAGGAGGACGAUAAAGAUCAUCUGAGAUGCUCGACCAGAUAUUUCUCAACAAGGGAUCUGCGUUUCAAUGCACUUGUCUCGCUCUAUUCUUGCAACAACAAGAAUAGUUUGACACUGAAGUAAGAAGAAACAGAUGCAACGGUUUUGUGAACUGCGCAUUCAGAGAGCCGUUGACAGGAUUACCAGAGUCAGUGUGUAACGCUGUGCAGCAGUGACAUCCUCAUCUGAGAAGCACUCAGGACUUCAGGACUUCAUAAACUGUCUAUAUAAGAUCAUAUGAGUGCAGCUUUCAGUACGCCGUUCAUGAUGAUGCAGCGUCCGGUGGGAAGCACCACUGCGUUCAGCAUUGACUCGCUCAUCGGAGGUCCACCGCAGCCCAGUCCGGGACAUUUCGUGUACACGGGCUAUCCCAUGUUUAUGCCCUAUCGGUCAGUGGUGCUACCUCCGCCUCCUCCACCACCUCCUCCAACUCUUCCUCAGAGCGGUCUCCCCGCGACCCAUCCGCACCACCCGAUCCCGGGCUUACCCAGCGGCUUCUGCUCCAGUCUGGCGCAGGGCAUGGCGCUCACAUCCACGCUAAUGGCCACGUUACCCGGCGGCUUCUCCACAUCGCCAUCCCAGCAGCACCAGGACGCGGCGAGGAAGCUCGGCUCUCAGUCUAUUCACGCCAUGUUCGAUAAAUCUCAGGAUAUUCGUUUGGAUGGAGAGGAUGGGAAAACGUUUCCAACGAAAGAUUCUGCGACCCUUCCGUCAUUUCACGACUCGCAGUCCGUGCACACAUCUACAGUGCGAGGUCACAACAAAGACGACACGAAGGAGGAUGAAUGUCACAGGAAAGACGAGAGCUUCUCCAUGGACAGUGAUUUAGAUUACAGCUCCGAUGAUAACGGGCCCGGUAACGCCAUGUGUCAGAAGGAAGAUGGAGACGCCAGCGGAGGACUGGACGAUGGCGUCCACGGCGGGAAUGGGGCCGGGAACACCACGUCCACCGGGAAAAAUCGGAGAAGGAGGACCGCUUUUACGAGCGAGCAGCUCUUAGAACUGGAGAAGGAGUUUCACUGUAAGAAAUAUCUAUCCCUCACAGAACGCUCGCAGAUCGCCCAUGCCUUAAAGCUCAGCGAGGUGCAGGUCAAGAUCUGGUUUCAGAACCGGAGAGCCAAGUGGAAACGGGUCAAAGCGGGCAAUGUGAACUCCAAAACCGGAGAGCCCUCCAGAAACCCCAAAAUUGUGGUGCCCAUUCCGGUGCAUGUUAGUCGGUUUGCAAUACGCAGCCAACACCAACAGUUAGAACAGGCCAGACCAUGAUACACUGGGUUUAGAUAGAGGACUAAGAGACACAUCAGCGAAUACUCAACAUGAGCAAACUGUCCUUGAGGCUGAUGUUUCCGAGGAACCCAGGACACGCAAGCUAUCCAGCUGAUAGUUUGUACUAUAUAUAUAGUUUUUCGUUUAAACGACAGCGUUGUUCAAACGAAGAAAAGGAAGCAACAGACUCAACUCGAACGAAAGGUUCAAACUAAGACCUCAUACUGGAAGAAACUGCAGUUUUAUUUCCAAACUUUGGACCAAACCACGAACAACUUUUAGUUCAGGAAAUCCCACUAUGUAUUUAUGUUCAGUUCUGUGUGACUGUCUAGUUCUUGUGUUUUGGCAGAGAUUAAUAUUAUCAAAAGGAGUGAUAAUAUUAAUAAUAUUAUUAAAAUGAGCACUUCUGGUCUCUGCUGAAGAACACAAUAUAAUUCAAUGAAUAGUAAAAUUAACACCAUUCCCUCAAAUUUACAAAACAUUGUUAAAUAUAUGCUCUUUAUUUCUAAUGGUAAAUAGCCUUUAUUUUUAUUUUAUUUUGUUUGUUUUCUUGCAUUCUUUUUCAUUUUCUGUAACCUUUUCAGACGUCACGGGCACGCUGCUAAUUUAUUUAAUAUUGUGAGGAAGAAAAAAAAACUUGCUAACGUUUCAUGAGUUUACUGACUUCAGAAUAUUGUGUGGAUUAAAGAUGGACCAUAAACAAUUGUAAAGAAA